AUGCACAGCAAAGGGCCAUCCGCCAACAAAAAGGCCGGCGAAACCGCCGGAGAAGGCACGGAGAAUAUUGAAAUGGCGACUCUCUUUUGUGGAAACAGCGGAGGCAUCGAUAUCUCGAUUUCACAAGAGCAAGCAUCGACUGGCGGGGGAAGUGGGACCCACAAGAGGUUGUACGCGUGCAGUGUGUGCGGAAGGAGCUUUAAGAGCUACCAGGCCCUUGGGGGCCACAGAUCGCAUCACGUCAAGAUGGAGAAGAUUAGGUCGUCGUCCGUGGACGAUGAUGGUGGGGUGUCCGUGGGUGUUGCAUCUUAUAGUUGGGCGAUUGUGCCGUAUGUGGGGAUCGCAAUUUUUGAUCAGGUACAGUCAGCAGGUGAGGUGCCCGGUGACCACGAGCAAGAGGAGGAGCGUGCACUGGUUUUGGGGAUUGAUCUUAACGAGCGGCCGCCUGAAUGGAUCGAAUGA